AUGGCGGCGGGCUCCGAUCUGCUGGACGAGGUUUUCUUCAACACAGAGGUGGACGAGAAAGUAGUUAGCGAUAUUGUGGGGUCCCUGGAAUCUGAGCUUGCGGGCUCAGGUCACGGGAACCCCGAGGCAAGGGUCCAGGCUGUGGGGAACCACGUUGCCAGCCCUGUAGUAGGAGGUAAUACUAAUGUCCAGGACAGCAAAAUGGGACUUGCACAAGAGGUGGCAAAAGCAGGAGCUGGAGUGCAAGGGGGUGUUAUUAAUAAUACGAGGUCCCAGAGUUCAGCUAUGGAUGCAACAACAACAGGGAUCACACCAGCGGCUAGGUUGGAGGCAACCGCUGGGCUCAACCAGGGCAAAUCGGCGGCUGUCAGUGCCAUGGUAACCGCGGUGUCCAACCACGCAGCGAGCAAAGGAAAAAUAGGGACUUCUGCUGUGCAAACUUUGAAUGGAAGCAAUGUAAUGAACUCUCACACUUCAGGAAGUGUUCCAGCUUUCACCGCAACGCAAGUGUCAAGUAGUUGUAGCGGCGGCAGCAGCAGCAGUAGCGCAACGUUAGGCAACAACAAUACUGCACCUGCUCUCACAGUUGUCAACAACGGACCUGGUUCGGUUGUAAAAGGAAAUGUAAACGUGUUGCCUUCGACCUCGAGCACUGUCAUCCAGGCAUCUUUCGUCAACUCACAUAAUGUUGUUACUUCUACAGUGAUAUCGUCUCAGGCUUCUGGUCUGGGCAGUGGACCUACCGUCACACUUGUGAGGCCGCCUAUGCAAACAGCUGGAUCGAGUGCUGCGCAGAAUGGGAAUAAUACCGUUUUGACAUCCUCCGUCAAUGUAACGAACCUGCCUGCGCCCGGCGCAUCGGCUUUGCCUUUACAGACAACAGUUUUGAAUAGUAACCAGGCGGCAGUCUCUGUGCCUACGAGUUUGACAAGUAAGACAGAGUCGCCUAAAACAAUCAUACAAACUACACCUCAGGCGGUGGCACCAGGUGUCGUUUCAAGUGCGGGCAACUUGACACUCGCCCAGCCCAUAGGAAGCAGUCUACAACCCGUGGCUCCCGGCUCUGGAGCGAUCGGAAAGAAUCCAGUCUUGCAAAACGUAACAAGGACUUCCACUCCAACGACAGUUGCAGCCAGUCCUGGCGGAAUUCGAGCCAUCGCGCCACAGGUGUUGGCUCCUCGACUCCCUCAGACGCCCCAGAAUCAGCCAAACAUCCAAAACAUUCAGCUUCCUCCAGGUAUGGUUCUGGUGCGCAGCGACAGUGGCCAGCUGCUCAUGAUCCACCAGCAGACCCUGGCCCAGAUGCAGGCUCAGUCCCAGUCCCAGAGCGCCAUGGCCCCCCGCCCUGCCACCCCCACCAGCACUCCUCCAGUCCAGAUUACCUCUGUGCAGGCUCCUGGCACCCCCAUCAUGACCAGGCAGGUCACCCCCACCACCAUCAUCAAGCAGGCCACGACCACCCAGAACUCUGUGCAGGCCACCACCACGCUCCAGAGACCCCCUGUACUGCAGAACUCCCUCAUGCUCGGAGGGGCGGCCACACCCACCUCCAUCGGGACGGCAGCAGCAGUGCAGCCGGGCACGGCGCAGAGGACCGUGACUGCGAGCACUGGGACAGCCACAGCCACAACAACGGAGACCUUGGAGAACGUGAAGAAAUGUAAGAACUUCCUGUCCACGCUGAUCAAGCUGGCGUCCAGUGGGAAGCAGUCGUCAGAGACGGCGGCCAAUGUGAAAGAGCUCGUGAAGAGCCUCCUGGAAGGAAAGAUGGAGGCAGAGGACUUCACCAGCCGGUUGUACCGGGAGCUGAACUCCUCACCCCAGCCCUACUUAGUGCCUUUCCUCAAGAGGAGUCUCCCCGCUCUUCGGCAGCUGACCCCAGACUCGACAGCCUUCAUCCAGCAGAGCCAGCUGCAGCAGCCCAGUGCCCAGCCCUCCACCACCACGCUCACCACUGUGGUCCUCAGCGGCCCCACCCAGCGCCUCGCCGGCAAGCCCUCCGGCCCCGCCCCCGUAACAGUCACCAGCACCCUCCACCAGCCCGUCAUCAGCCUGGCUCAGCCUGGGCAGGCCAAGUCUGGACAGCCCGCCCCACUGGUGCUGCACCAGUCCCAGCAGCCGGGGGCCAUGGUGCGGCCCCCCCAGGUGACGCUAGCGCAGACCCCCAUGGUGACCCUCCGGCAGCCCCAGGGCCGGAUCAUGCUCGGGCAGCCCCCCAUGCAGGUCAAGCAGCUUCAGUCAGUGCCUCUGGUGAAGCAGGGGAUGUUGCCUGGAGCCAGAAUGUCACCCAUCGGCAGCUCUCUGAUCACAGCAGCUCAGAAGAACAAGCUGAAGGAAGCUGGAGGCGGAACUUUUCGAGACGAUGAUGACAUCAACGAUGUGGCCUCCAUGGCCGGUGUCAACCUGUCCGAGGAGAGCGCUCGCAUCCUAGCAACCAACUCGGAGCUGGUUGGCACGGUGACGCGGUCCUGCAAGGACGAGGCCUUCCUCUACACCUCCACCCUGCACAGGAGGAUUCUGGACAUAGGUAAAAAGCACGGGAUCACAGAACUGGGGCCGGAGGUGGUGAACCUGGUGUCACACGCAGCUCAGCAGAGGCUGCAGAGCCUGCUGGAGAAGGUGUCUCAGAUCGCCCAGCAAAAGAACGUCUCCUUCAAGGAGGACAGUCGAUACGAGCAGGUCAGCGAUGUGCGCGCUCAGCUCAAGUUCUUCGAGCAGCUGGACCAGAUGGAGAAGCAGAGGAAAGAGGAGCAGGAGAGGGAGAUCCUCAUGAAGGCAGCCAAGUCCCGAUCACGGCAAGAAGACCCAGAGCAGCUACGGCUGAAACAGAAGGCCAAAGAGAUGCAGCAGCAGGAGCUGGCUCAGAUGAGGCAGCGUGAUGCUAACCUGACAGCGCUAGCAGCCAUCGGGCCCAGGAAGAAACGGAAAGUGGACUCGCCUGGCAGUGGAGCGGGAGCAGAGGUGUCUGGCUCCAGUGCGUCUGCGGCCAGCAGUUCCAGUGCCGGGGGCUCCAGGCAGUUCUCCCGCCAGCGCAUCACCCGCGUCAACCUCAGGGACCUGCUCUUCUGCAUGGAGAACGAGCGGGAGACCAGCCGCUCGCACCUGCUGUACCGCGCCUUCCUCAAAUAGCGCCCCCCGGAGGCAGGAGGCCGCCUGCCACUCAUCCGGACAUUUGAUUUUAAUGUUGUUUUCACUCUUUUUAUUUACUUUUAAUGAAAAUAUAAAUAUUAUAAAUAUAUAUAAUUAUAAAUUUUACAGAGCGCCUUUUUGUAACAUGCAAAAUGAACAAAUGUACAAAAAUAUAGUAAUACCUUCAAACCAUUUUAUAUUUCUGUUUAUAUAAAAGACUCAGUUUAAAUACAUAAAAUUAACAAAAAUGUUUCUAUAAGACAGCUAUCAUUAUUAUUAUUUUAUUAUUACUGUUUGGGUCUGUGUAUUCUUUUGGUUGAACACCUCUUUGCUCCUCAUUACUGAGUUGCCUUCUUGUCAGAUGAAGCCAUAUCUCUGUAUCUGAUCUCUACAGGCAGAAUAAUUAAUUUGAUCAGGCUGUUACUCUUUCAGUCCAACACAGACCUGGCUCUCUUUUGCCCUUUGUUUUUGUUUGCUGGUUUUUUGGCUUGUUCACCUUUAAAUAUCUGUCUGCUGUGUAUGUAAUUACUUUAAUCAGAUUGGGUUUUAUUUAUAAGUCUGUGUGCUUUCUCCUUUUCCAGUACUUUAGCAGCCAGACCAGUUGGUAUGUCCACAGAGCUGAAAAGCAGUCCUUGAUAGAGAAUGGCUACUUUAAACAAAAGCCUUUGAUUCAUUUUUCAGUUAUGAUGAAAAUGUACUUUUCAUCAUUCUUUUCAUAUUUCCCUCUGUGUGUAUAUACUUUGAUAAUUUUUUUCUACGAAAAAAUGUUGAAUAUUUUGACUCCAAAUUGAUUGAAAGCUUUCUGGUUUCCAAGAGCUGACAACAUUUCUCCACGAGAGAAACCAGGAUUUGUUUCUGGGCUGUUGAUGCCAGCAGCUGGCAGGCAAAGGUGAAGAAAAAUGUAAUUAUACAAAACAGAGAGAGCUGCAUCCAGUCACAUACCUGCUUUCAAUCAAACAAUCAUACAGAGGGACACCCCCCCCCCCCAUCUUUGCAAUGGUGUAUUAUUUGAUUAUUAACUAUACUAAUCAGUUCUUUAUAUUUUUUGCAAGCAUUGUAUUGAAAUUGUCUACCAAUGGAAUUUUAUUACUGUAUAUAAUUUAGUUUGUCCUUUGUAAUCUGUGUAAAGCUAUGCUAGUUCUUCACUGAACGGAGUCGUUUGACGAGCCACUUGUUCUUCCUGUAAAUGGGUAUUUUUAUUACCCCCUGUCACCGUUGCUCAGAGUUCACUUUCCUCUUUUUCACUGAGAAACCAGACUGAUUCCUCAAGCAUCAGUUGUAUCCCUCUCUUGUACAUUUUGCACAGUCACUUGUUUAUAUGUAAAUAUUUUACCUAAAAAAAAAUUGCUAUUGUUUUAUAUAGGAUUGAAAUGAGAAUUAACUCCUUCAUUAAAAUGAAAAAUCUAUUUGUA